ACCAACCCUUCUCCUCUUCUCACUCUUCUUUCCUUUUUCAGGUUCCCACUUCAUCCUCAAACCAUGACUUCUUCCUCUCCUUCUACUCCUUGGCUUGCUUCUCGUUUCUCUCCUCUUCUUCUCCCUCCUGCUUUGCCACACCCAUUCAUCUUUAAGAGGGAUUUACCAACAAAGUCUAAGUUGGUGCUUGCUGUGUUGAGGCAACCUUAUGGUGUUCCCAGGGCUGCUAAUAAUGGGCGUAGGAGUUUCUCAAGGUUGGUUGGGGAGGAGGAUGAAGUCCGGCAAGCUGUUGCCGUUCCAAGUUCGGUGCCGGUUAGGGUGGCUCAUGAGCUUCUUCAGGCAGGCCACCGCUACUUGGAUGUCAGGACUGUGGAUGAAUUCAUUGCAGGACAUGCUGUAGGAGCUGUAAAUAUCCCUUACAUGUUCAAGGUUGGAUCAGGAAUGGCAAGAAAUCCUAAGUUUGUGGAAGAAGUGUUAUCAGUUUUCGGAAAGGACGAUGAGAUAAUAGUUGGUUGCCAAAGCGGUAAAAGGUCACUUCUGGCUGCAGCAGAUCUUUGUUCGGCCGGUUUCACGGGGAUCACUGACAUUGCUGGCGGUUAUUCAGCUUGGGUGCAGACCCGUCUUCCUAUCAAUCAGUAGCAAUUUGUUUGCGUCUGCUAUAUAACAUUGCUUGCUUUCAUGUCGAACAAGAUUACAAUCUGUAUAUAUGUAUAUAUGAAUGAUCAAUCUCUUUCAAGAGAAACAACAUGGUUGUACAUAACUCUGGUUGAGAGUAAUAAGUGUAAAGAUGCUGACAAAUAAAUUUUCUGUUAUACUGUUGUUUGAA